CAUUUUAGUCUAUUCACACGCUCGCAGUCCCUCCGCCUCUGGAUCUCCGCUUCGAGCUCAUCGCCGUUGCCCUCUAAAGUCUAAAGCCCCACCACAAAAACCACUGAUUACUGCCCAUCAGCUCGCCGGUAUUUCUGUAAAUACGUACAAUGUUGUCCACAUGCAACGCCAUUGUCGGCGCCUCCGAUCUAGCCCGCGGCACCCGCCUCCGCUUCUUCAAUCCCAAGAAUCCGGUAUUCACUACACGCCGGAAUGCCGUCGUUUCCGGCGCCUCUCUUCGCACUAGUCCGAUUAUGGCUGUGUCAACUCAGGAGCCGAAGAUUAGUGAGCCGGGCGCCCUCGAGUCGAGCCUUGCAAAUCAGCUCCGGCUUGGGAGCUUGGCGGCGGACGGAUUCUCGUUUAAGGAGAAGUUUAUUAUCCGGUGCUCUGAGGUCGGCGUUAACAAAACCGCCACCAUUGAAGCCAUUGCCAAUCUCUUGCAGGAGGUCUCUUGCAACCAUGCUCAGAGUGUUGGGUUUUCAGCAGAUGGAUUUGCAACUACUCAUACCAUGAGGAAAUUGCAUCUUAUAUGGGUUGCUGCACGAAUGCACAUUGAGAUUUAUAAAUACCCGGCAUGGAGUGAUGUCAUUGAGAUAGAGACUUGGAUUGCUAGCGAGGGAAGGAUUGGGACGAGACGUGAUUGGGUCAUUAAGGAUUAUGCAUCUGGUGAAGUAAUUGGAAGAUCUACCAGCAUGUGGUUGAUGAUGAACCAUGACACCAGACGACUUCAGAAAGUUAUUGAUGAUGUUCGUAACGAGUUAAUGCCUUAUUGCCCCAAAACGCCAAGGUUUUCUUUUCCCGAGGAUAACAAUUCGAGCUCUAAGAAAAUACCCAAGUUGGGAGAUCCUGCUCAGUAUUCGGUACUUCGGCUGGUGCCACGAAGAGCUGAUUUGGAUAUGAACCACCAUUUAAAUUUUGUCACCUACAUUGGAUGGGUACUGGAGAGUAUGCCUCAAGAAAUCAUUGAUACGUGUGAACUGCAAACCAUUACACUGGAUUACAAGCGGGAAUGCCAGCAUGAUGAUGUGGUUGAUUCUCUCACGAGCCUCGAACCAGUCGAUGAAUCUGCCACUGCUAUAAACAACGACAACGAGUGCUUCUUGCAUUUGCUUAGACUAUCUAGCAAUGGAGUCGAGAUAAAUAGGGGUCGCACCGAGUGGAGAAAGAAAUUAUGAGGCCAUAUUUCCAGCCAGAAUAGCAUUUGUACUGAUGAGUGAGUGAAGCCCUGAGAGGCUGUUGCAGACAGAUUGCAGCUUAGAUUUUGUUUUGUUUUCAUGAAAUAAAGCUUUGAUUCAAGUGACUGUAAAUGACUAAUUUCAACUAUCUGCUCUGGUGGCUGUAUGUUGUGAAGUGUCUGUCAAAUAUGUUUUAUUCCAACUGAAUUUCUUUAGUCACUGUUGUUGUAACUUGUAAGCUCAAUUAAAGGUGCCAAUUUGGGUGGUUAAUGGUUAUACUUCAAUCAUGCUUAUAU